AGCGCUCCCACAGAGAGACCAACUGUCAUGAAAGAGAAAGUACUACAAACUCAGGAUGGCUGCCACCUAAGUCCUCCAGCCCCAAAGAGGGUCAUCCAGUGCCUCAGAUGUGGGGAGCCAUGCAAGGGAGAGGUGCUGCGAGUCCAAAACAGCCACUUCCACAUAAAGUGCUUUACGUGCAAGGUGUGUGGCUGUGACUUGGCUCAGAGUGGCUUCUUCAUGAAGAAUAGAGAUUACCUCUGCCCGCUAGAUUUCCAGAGGCUCCACGGCACGCUCUGCAACAGCUGUGGGGAAUUUGUGGAGGGAGAGGUGGUCACAGUCUUGGGGAAGAAUUACCACCCAGCCUGCUUUGUGUGCACUAUUUGCAAAAAGCACUUUCCUGCUGGGGAUUGUGUUACCUUCAGGGGAAAAGACUGCAUCUGUCAGCGCUGUAUUCAGCCCAUGUCUCCUACUCCCAACGACAUCACCUAUCCUAGAAACUGCGCUGGCUGUGGUAGAGACAUCAAGAAUGGCCAGGCUCUGUUAGCCCUUGGUGGCCAGUGGCACCUUGGCUGCUUCAAGUGUAAAGCCUGCAGGAAAGUGCUGAGCGGAGAAUACAUCAGCAAGGAUGGCGUUCCCUAUUGUGAGAGGGACUACCAGAUUCAGUUUGGGGUACAAUGUGAAGCAUGCCAUAAGUACAUCACUGGAAAAGUCCUAGAGGCAGGGGACAAACAUUAUCACCCCACCUGUGCAAGAUGUAGCCGAUGUGACAGAAUGUUCACAGAAGGUGAAGAAAUGUAUCUGCAAGGAUCAACCGUGUGGCACCCGAACUGCAGAGACAGCAGCAGAAACGAGGACAGUUACAUGGUCCGCAGACCAAAAACACCUUGUCUUGAUUUCUAUUUCCCCCCACAUGAACUGAAGCACACUAGAUCCUCAUCCGAAAGCUCCUGUUCCCGGCCAGGCUCAUGCACUCCAGGGAGUCCUGGUCGAACUAUCUGCGCAAAAGUAGAUAAUGAGAUCAUUGACUACCGAGACUUAGCAGCAAUUCCCAGAGUCAAGGCUAUAUAUGAAAUAGAGCACCCUGAUAUGAUGUCUUAUAAGUCUGUGAACGACAACUCAGCUGCUUUGGACAACAGGCAGAACAAGCAAAUCCCUGCAGAGUCACCAGGAAAUGUAUCUCAAACCACACAGGAGAGUUUUGAAGUGAGGAUGCGCACACCAACAUCUACAAGCUACAGAUCUACAGGGGUUAAUGCAACGUUAAAUCGUCAUAGCUACACUCCAACUCUGCCCAGAUCACCACAACACUUCCACCGUCCAGAUGAAGGCUUCAACAUGUACAGGAGGCCUCCAAUUUAUAAACAGCAAGAUCCAAAUUCCUCCACAUCCCAAACAUCCUCUUUGCCUGGAUAUGGUCGCAAUGGCCUCAAUCCGCCACGGUCAGCUGAUUUAUCCCAUUACAAUGGUGAAAGAUUCAGAGACAUUAAGCUAAUCCAUGACAGUCAACAUCCAUUAGCACGAAUGGACAGAAGAGCGUCUAUGCCUAAUUUUUUGGAACCAAAAGUCUAUCCCUAUGACAUGCUCAAGGUUGCUACUAGAGGACGAGUGAAGCUUCCCAAGGAUGUUGACAGAACAAGACUCGAGCGUCACUUAUCCCCGGAUUCAUUCUUUGAGAUCUUUGGCAUGGACAUUCAAGAAUUUGACACACUUCCACUAUGGAAGCGUAAUGACAUGAAGAAGAAGGCAAAUCUCUUCUAAAUGUUGCCUGAUGCAUGUUUUGACUCAUUGUUAAUAUGCAGUGUAUGUCCAGUUAUGAUGACCCUAUAUGUAAAUUUUUUUUUCCUAAGACCUAGAUAAAUGACGUGUUUGAGGACAUAAUACCUUGUUUCCCCUGGUUUCUUUAGGCUAUUGUAACGAAUCAUGUGAUUAAUACCUCAAAACAGAUAUGAACAUACGAACUCUCAUAGUCUUGGCUUUGGUAAUAGCCAUUAUUAACUUUCCUAAAUCAGCCCUGUCUUCCCUGGGUCACAUUCAUAUUGGGUGAUUCCACUGUGAAAAGUGGGAAGCGUAGAGAAAGUAACAUGUUCUUCUUUGAUGCCAUAGACCAGAAACCCUAUCACUUAGAAAUGCUUGUGCAAAUCAUCGAAUCACGAUCAGUGACAAUAUUCAUGAGGAGAACUAAUUCUUUUUUUCCAGUUAUUUAAUCCUAAAAUAUCUGCACAUGGCAAACAAGAUGGAUACAUUUAGGCAUCCAAAACACCUUAGGGAUACAGUUUAAGGUCGAAUGACAAGAAUGUAUCAACAUGUAGUUAAUGCAUGAGAAAAUGUUAGAGCAGACUCUUAGGCCAAACAGCUAAAGCCUCACUAACAACAUCUCAUUAGUGUAUGUUUCUGCUUGCCUUCUGAAACUGAAGAAUUAUCGACUUUAGAACAUACAGUUUAAGAGUGGUUAAGGUCAAAGACACUCUAAUUGUAAUUAAAAGCCUUUGUAGAUCAUUAUUAUUGCCCUUUCUGAAUAAUACCUCAUAUGAUACCUGAUCCCUCGACCCUGUACACAGGCUAAGCGGUUGACAAUGGAUGGAUGGAUGGAUGGAUGGAUGGAUGGAUGAUACCUGAUGUAUGGUGGAGUGUUUGGUUACAUAACCUUCAUCAACAUGUAAUUCUGAUACAAUAUAUUGACUUAUUCCCUCAAGAACUGGAUGCAUUUCACCCAUGUUUUCAUUGCUACUACUAUAUGAUUUUAUAUUUUUGUUACUCAGUUGAUACUCACUUCGCUGUCUCCUGGUUACACAAAUGUUUAAGCACAAAACUGAAAAGAGUUACUAAAUUGUCACUGAAAUGAAUUAAGAUGACUUGACACUGACUUAGAUGUGAUAAACAUCAAUGUGUAUGUUACCGUGAAUUGGCUGUCCCAGAACACCACCUCAAACACCCUGAAUAAAAUCAUUCAUACAAGUUGA